CCUAUUUAAGGGCAGCGGAGUGCAGGAGAGGCUCCUGAGGAGGAGACUCGACUGGUGGGGAGUGGGACAUCGGGCUCCGAUGGACAGGUACGGACAGGGUCUUCCACAUAUUCAUGAAAUAUGACUUGUGCUGAGCAAGACAUGCUGGGCCAAGAGUUCGAGGAUGCUCUCGAAGUGCUGAGGCAGCACUCCACAGAAGACCCUCUGUCCUCCCCAGAUUGCCAGAGCUACGUGGCCCUGCUCAGCCCCUGUCCUGCCGUCCGACCCAGCCCCUGCGGCUGCCGGGCGCUGUCCCCGGAGGAGCAGGUGUGCAGCUGGCGCUCGGUCCUCAACAGUACUUCGGACUUCUACUACAUCGAAGAAAACAUGCACGCAUCUCCACAGAGCUCGGCCGGAAGCCAAGCGGCUCCUGUGGUCUCCCAGCCCCGAGGAGGAAAAGGCAGGAGGAAGCUGCGGCUGUUCGAGUACCUGCUCGAGGCGCUGUGCACCCCCGAGCUGGCCGGCUGCAUCCAGUGGGUGGACCGGCCCAGGGGCGUCUUCCAGUUCGUGUCCAAGAACAAGGAGCGGCUGGCCGAGCUCUGGGGCCGGCGGAAGGGCAACCGGAAGCCCAUGACCUACCAGAAGCUGGCCCGCGCGCUGCGCAACUAUGGCCGCACGGGGGAGGUCAGCAAGGUGCGCCGCAAGCUCACCUACCAGUUCAGCGAGGCCGCACUGCGCCGCCUGGGCCCCGCCACGCAGGACCCGCAGGAGCCGCGGGGGCCCGGCAGCUGGAGCUGGGGCAACGGCCUCGGCCACCCCUACGCCGGCUACUGCCGCCCGCCCUUCUAGGACGCCCGCCCCGCCGGCCUGGCCCCUGGCUGAGCUCCAGCUGGAGACCCACCUGCCUCAGCCUACCACCCGCCAGGCUGGAUUCUUCUCUGAAAGCAAAUCCACCAACCUUCGUAUCCACCGAGCCCGAGUCCCUGGAACCUGCCAACCCCUGAGUUUUGCAAAGCUGUGCCUGUCCGCAGCAUGGGCUUUCAUCACCCUCUACAGCCAUCUGCCCCGGGACCUCUGGCUCUGACCCAAAGUCAAAAGGACCACAAAGGGGAAAUUCGGGACAUCAAGGCAGCCACGACAGGGCAACUAAAGACACAAAAGAGGACGGGGGCGUGAUGGUGCACACUUGUGAUCUCAGCACUUCGGAGGCUGAGGCAGGAGGAUCACGGAAUUCAAAGCCAGCCUGAACUACGUACGGAGGCCCUAUUUCACAAAAACCAAAAGUUAAAGAAAUUAUAUUGCGGUGACACGGGCCUACUCAUGUUUAUGGAGCACAGCUCAUAAUAGCUAAAUCUUGGAAGCAGCCCAUAUGUCCAUCAAAGGGUGAAUGGACAACAAAAAGCAUGGCAUUUACACACCAUGGAGUACUACUCUGCCAUAACGAAGGAUAAAUCUGAAUCAUUUGUAGGGAAAUGGAUGCACCUCGAGACCAUGAUGUUGAGUGAAAUAAAUCAGACACAAAGGCUUAAAUAUCACAUGGUUUCUCUUAUAUGAACAACCCAAUGCAGAAAUAAUUUAGAGAGGAAAAUAAAAGAUAAUAGGAAACAUGUUUGCCCAAGGGCAGGGGACCAAGGGAGGGAGGGGAGAAGGGCAUAAAAAGAAUGAAGAUGAGUUAUGUGCAUGGACCAGCUCCCCGGGUACUGGGACAUGCGCUAGGAAAAACAGAAAUGAAAAACAAGGCACGUGGGGUAAAUGCACAAUGGAGUAUCAGCCUGUCACGGUCUUUCUGUCGUUUGCAGGAAAAUGGACAGAACUGGAGGCCACAAUGCUAAGUGAAAUAACCAGAUCCAAAAGGACAAUUUUUUCUUUUGCUUUUUGAGACAGUCUCACUGUGUUUUCCAAGCUGGCCUUAAAGCCACUAAGUAGCACUGGCUGGCUUUCAACUUGUGGCAAUCCUCCUGCUUCAGCCUCCCAAGUACCGGGGUGAGAGUCAAGAAAAAAACGUAAGGGAAGAAUGGAGCUUACCAGAGGCCCCAGUGGUCACUGGGUCCAGAGUGACAUGGAAGGAACAAAUGAUAUCUAUUGUGUAGCACGGUGACAUAGCAACCAGCAUAUUUCAAAAUAGCUAAUAGAAAAAAAAAUAGCUAAGAGGAUUUUGACUUCUGCUAGAAAAUGGUUUCGAUUUGGGGUGAGAGGCUGAUGGCCCUGCGGCGGCCGCCCCGAAAUCCACACACUCAGGGGUGAUGUGACAGCUCAAGGACAGAGGACAGCGGUGACUGCCGUGGGGUGACAGCCUGACUGGACUGAGGCGCCACCCCGGCUCCCUUCAGGAGGACACCGGAGGCUGCGCCCCCGAACAGGGGCCGUGUUCCUUGCUGUCCUCAGCUCGGCCACAGGGAAGUGCUGUUGUCCCAGCCCUGAAUGAGGUCUUUCUUCCGUUCAACCCGCACAGCUGAGCCAGGCUAAAGCACUUGGAAGGGAAAAGCACUGAUAAGGUUAAAAGUUGGCUGGGGCGAGGUGGUGCACGCCUGUAAUCCCAGCACUGGGGAGGCUGAGGCAGGAGGAUCGAAAGUUCAAGCCCAGCCUGGGCAACUCACCGAGACCCUGUCUGAAAAUAUAAAAGGGCCGGGGAUGGAGCUCAGCACAGAGGCCCUGGCCUGCAGCCCUAGCACUGAAAAUGAACGGCAUGGGUGAGGGAAUGGGGGAGACCAGCCAGCCCCAGGGUGACGUGGCCUUUGGGUGUCCAGGCCCUAAGGCCUGAGCUCAAGCCCGCUGCUCCGCUUGGAACACAGUGCUUUCCUUCACCCAGGGCCACGGAAGGGGGAGAGGCACUUCCGGCCCUUUUCAGGCCCCUGGUCCCUGGCCUAUGCCACCCAGUCCUCCAUUCGGUCCCUUCCCUGUGGGGACAGCACAGCGAAGCCCCUGCCCCUUGAGCAGGAGCUCUGGGAGCCUGACUUCACCCCACCUUCUGAAAAAGGGUCUUGUUCUGCAGUUCAGGCUGGUCUGGAACUCACCAUGUACCCGAGGCUGGCCUUGAACUCACAGCGACCCUCCUGCCUCAGCCUCCUGUGUGCUGGGAUCACAGGCAUGGGCCAUCAUGCCCUGCUGUGGCAUCCCCCAAUCACCCUGUUCAAACCCCACUUCCCUCCCUUGAUCCGCUUCCUCUUGUGUGUUUCUCUUCUACUUUCAUGUCUUUUCUUUUUUGAGACCUUUACCCUGUGUAACCCAGGCUGGCCCAGAACUCGUGAUUCUCCUGCCUCAGCCUCCUGGGUUCUGGGUUUCAGCUGCUCACCACCAUUCUGACUGAGAGGAGAUGAAAUUUUCUCAGUGUGGCUUUGAUAUGCCUUUCUCUGAGUGGUAAAAUGUUAAACAUCUUAUUCUCGGGACUACUGGCCCCUGGUACCUUUUUAUUCGGUACUGGGACGGGGACCAGGGCCUGGGGCAUGUUAGGCAGGCACACCACCGCCAAGCUUUUAUCCCUGCAUUCUUCUGCUAAGAACUUUCUGCUCUGCCCAUGUGCCCAGUUUCAUGGGAUUCUUUGUUCUCAUAUAUUGUGGAUAUUAAUCUUUGUCUGUUAGAAAAGGAGCCGGCAGAGACUCUCCUCAUGUAGGCUCUUCAGUCUGCUCCCCUGGCUGAGCAGAAGCUUUGUAGUUUGAUGCAAUCCCACAACUCUUGGUAUUAUUUCCCAAGCUACUCGAGUCCCUCUUGGGAAGUCACUGCCCCGUCUGUAUCUCCAAGUGCUUCUAGUGGCUUCAGAGUUUUCUUCUAGUGGCUUCAGAGUUUCAAGUCUUGUGUUUAGGUCUUUGAUCCACUUUGAUUGAUUUUCGCACAGGGUAAGAGGAUUGAGUUUCAACCUUCCACUUCAGGAUAACCAGUUCUCCCCACACCAUUUGGUAAAGAGGUUGUCUUUUCUGCAGUGCAUGUUUGGGCCUCUUUGUCCAGAAUCAGAGGCUGUGGCUGCAGGAGUUUAUUCCCGUGCCCUCUGGUCUAUUCUUGCGGGCCUGAUGCUACCCAGUGCCAAGCUGGUUUUGUGACUACGGCUUUGAUACUUCCAGCAUUGUACUUUUUGCUCAGAGUUAACUUAGCUAUUCUCUGUCUUUUGCCUUUCUAUAUGACUUUUAGGAUUUUUUUUUCUAGUUCUGUGAAGAAUGUCACUGAUAUUUUGGUAAGGGCUGCAUGCAUGGCAUCUGUGUCCUGCUUUUGAUGAUAUGAGCAUCCUACCAAUAUCAGUUCUACUAAUCCAUGAACAUGGGUGGUGUUUCCACUGUGCAUUGUGUUCUUCAAUUUCUUUCUUAAGUGUUCUGUGAUUUUCACAGUAGGGUUCUUUAACCUCCUUGGUCAGGCUGAUUCCUAGGUGGUUUUAGUUUUUAAAGCUAUUAUUAGUGAAACUGUUUUCCUGAUUUCUUUCUCAGCAAGUUUGUUAUUGGGAUGUACAAAAACUAUUGAUUUUUUUGCCCAUUGAUUCUGUAUCCUGCUAGUUUGCUAAAUUUGUUUAUCAGAUCUAAACUUCUUUUGGUAGAGUCCUUAGUCUCAGUAUUGGAUCAUAUCAUUGCAAUGAUGAAAAUUUGACUUCCUCCUUUUCUAUUUGUAUCCCUUUUAUUUCUUUCUCUUGCCUAAGUGUUUUGGCUAAAAUUUCAUGUACUAAGUUGAAUAAGAGUGGUAAGAGUAAGGACCAGAGAUUUAGCUCAGUGGUUCUGCCACCUGCCUCGCAAGCGCAAGGUCCCGAGUUCGAUCCCUGGUACCAAAAAAAAAAUAAAUAAAAGAGUGGUAAGAGUAGAUAUCCUUGUUUCUAAAUUUAGAGAAAAAUUUUUCAGUUUUCUCCAGUUCUGCAUGAUUAGUAUAUAACAUUUAUUAUGUUGUGGUACAAUCCUUUUUUUGCCUAGUUUCUUUAGGGCCUUUAUCACAAAGGGAUGUUGAAUUUUGUUGAAGGUUUUUUUUCUGUAUCAUUUGAGACAAUAAUGUGACUUUUAUCCUUGAUUUCUGUUUUUUCCUUGAUUCUAUUUAUUUGGUGUAUUAAGCUUAUUGAUUGGUGUAUGUUGAACUAUUCUUGCAUCCCUAGAAUGAAAUAAACCUAAUCAUGGUGUAUGAUCUCUUUAA